AUGGGGGGUGGGGACAGUGGACUUGGCGGUGGCGGCGAUGGCACUGGUGGCAAGGGUGAGGGCGCCGGCUGGAACGAGGACGACGGCGAGGAGUACCUCAACCUCGCUCAGGCAGAGGAGCUGGCGGCUGCCAAGAACAUCAAGCUGCCCGCCGACUUUGCAGCCGCCGCAGUGGAAGGAGGCCUACGUCUGUCCACCCUGCAGCACUACAUCAGCCUGCUGUCCGGCGGCUGGCUCACACGCUGGCUGGCCAGUACUAUUCCAGCAUUCCGGGACCGGCUCAUUGCCGACCGCAUGUUCCUCUUCAAGGUCCUGGCCGAGGUCACCAUCGACACAGGGUGUGCGACCGUGGCUGAGGUCAGGAAGCGUGGCGACGAGUUCUGGGGCGAGUUCGAAUUCUACCUCUCGGACCUCAUGGUGGGCCUGGUCCUGGACGUCGUGCUCGUCGGCCUUCUGGCCCCUGUGGCGCUCAAGGGCCGCAAGCCCCGCGCCCAGACCGGAUGGAUCAAGAAGCGGCUGGCCGCGCUGCCAUCGGCGGUGUUUGAGGCCUCCACCCCCACGCGGCCGUACACCGUGCUCGGUCGUCUGGGCUGCCUCGGGGUCAAGGCACUGGAGUACUCCCUGGCAGGCUUUGCAUGCGGGCUGGUCGGCCAGGGGGUCGCCAACUCCCUGAUGAUCGUGAAGCGCAAGUACCAGGGCGCCAGGGAGGACGACGUGGCUGUUCCCCCGCUGAUCGGCACCGCCUUGGUCUGGGGUCUCUUCAUGGGUGUCUCCUCCAACGUGCGAUACCAGACGGUGUUUGGCCUAGAGAGACUGGUGGAGCUCACCAUUGCUCGGCGAUUCCCUCCGAUUGCGUAUGGCACCACGGUGGCCAUCCGUUUUGCUAACAAUGUCAUUGGGGGCGAGCAGUUUGUGGACCUGGCGCGCUGGGCGGGCGUGCAGUGA